AGCGGAUGAGGCGAUACAUUUUCCUAAUCGAUUCGUUCCCGCAGGUCCUGCCGGGGCUCUACGUCGGCAACUACAGAGACUCCAAGGAUUCUUCGCAGCUCGCGAAGUUCAACAUCUCGCAUAUUUUGGCUAUACACGACACGGCUAGACGAAUACACUCAGAUAAGCACUACCUGUGCGUCAUGGCGUCCGAUUCUCCAGAUCAAAAUUUAACUCAGUAUUUUUCUUUGUGCAACGAUUUUAUCCAUGCGGCCAGGCUCCGAGAUGGAAACGUCCUUAUCCAUUGCUUGGCCGGCAUGUCACGUAGCGUUACGGUAGCUGUAGCAUACAUCAUGUCGGUGACCAACCUUAAUUGGAAAGAGGCUCUAAAAGUAGUUAGAGCGGGAAGGGCAGUAGCCAAUCCCAAUUUGGGUUUCCAGAAGCAAUUAGAAGAAUUCGAGUGCACCAGACUAAUCGAAGAAAGAAGGCGAUUGAAGGAACGGUACCCGAGCCUGGCGCUGGUCUACAAGGACCAAGAGCAGUGCGCCUUGAUGCUCAACAACUACGAGGAAUUGCUGCAAUCCCGAUCGAUAUGCGAGGGAAAAUGUGCCUUAGGCGAGCCGUGCCCGACGGGCCUGUGCCGGUCGGGCAGCGCCCAGAAGCGCGUCCGGCGCCGCAGCAGCCGCUCGCAAUCGGAGAUGCGCCGGAGCCCGAGCACGUCGAGCACGUCGAGCUCGUCGAGCUCGCGCCCCAGGUCGAGCCCGUCGGGGUUCCGGGGAUGCACCGGUUCGGCGCCGCCGUCCCGGUCCGGUUCGAGGGUGGAUUUGACGUCGCCGGGCACGCUGACGGCGCCGUCGACGCCGUCGGGCAGCCCGCCGGUGUCGCCGAAGCGCCGCGGGACGAUCACCGAGCGCAUGAUCUCCGUGCCGCUGGCUCUUAAAGAAGACGAUUUCGACUCAUAGCGGCUAAUGGAAGGCGGUGGAAUUGGGUUUUAUGGAGUUAUUGGUGUUUGAAAGAGUGUUGGAGAUAUUGGUAGGGUAUGUAUUUUUGGGGGUUGGAUUUAAAGUCUGUGAUUGUGUGAGUGUUCUCGAUUGAGGAAUUUGUAAUUUUUUAAAGCGAAUCACAGUAAAUUUGUAUUUGAAUUACGAAAAAUGGUAUUAUACCUACUUAUAAUAGAAAGCACAAAUUUCGAAGCUACUUUAUUGAGCAAAUAAUG